UCCUCCGACCAAUAAAAUUGUUGGUGAAACACGUCAGCUUUCUUUCUGCCGUGUGCUGUAGUAGAGUGAGGUUGUAAUAGUUGCUAUCAUGUCGGCUUUCGACCCUGUCUCAUUUGCCAAGGAUUUUUUGGCCGGUGGAAUUGCUGCUGCAAUUUCCAAGACAGCUGUAGCACCUAUUGAGCGUGUAAAAUUACUUCUUCAAGUUCAACAUGCAUCUAAACAAAUUUCACCUGAUAAACAUUAUAAAGGAAUGAUAGAUUGCUUUAUUCGAAUCCCAAAAGAACAAGGCUUUCUGAGUUAUUGGCGUGGAAACUUGGCAAACGUCAUCAGAUAUUUCCCCACCCAAGCCCUCAACUUUGCUUUCAAAGACAAGUACAAGCAAGUCUUCCUGGGAGGUGUUGACAAGAAGACCCAAUUCUGGCGGUAUUUCCUUGGUAAUCUCGCUAGUGGAGGAGCAGCUGGUGCAACUUCUCUCUGUUUUGUUUACCCUCUUGAUUUUGCUCGAACCAGGUUAGCUGCAGACAUCGGAAAGGCAGGAAGUGAACGAGAGUUCACUGGAUUGGGUAACUGCUUGGUCAAAAUCUUUAAACAUGAUGGCCUCAUUGGACUGUACAGAGGCUUCAAUGUAUCUGUGCAGGGUAUUAUUAUCUACCGAGCAGCAUAUUUUGGCUUCUUUGACACAGCUAAGGGUAUGCUUCCAGACCCCAAGAAUACUCCUAUUAUCAUCUCCUGGUUAAUUGCUCAGACCGUAACCACAGUAGCUGGGAUUAUGUCUUAUCCUUUUGAUACUGUCAGGCGGCGCAUGAUGAUGCAGAGUGGAAGAGCUGCAGAUCAGAGGAUGUACAAGAACACCUUAGAUUGUUGGAAGAAGAUUCACAAAACUGAAGGUGGAGCAGCCUUCUUCAAGGGGGCAUUCUCUAACGUCCUAAGAGGCACUGGUGGGGCUUUGGUACUAGUACUCUAUGAUGAAGUGAAGAAUUUUAUCUUUUGAAAAAAAUAAAAUAAAGUACUAAGCUUAGGUAAAUGAUAGAAACUAGAUUGUUCUUAAAACUGGAAAAUUUGGACAGUAUCAUUUUGUUUUGGAUAGAUAUUAAGGCACUGUAAAUUUUACACUGUAAUUAGUGUAUAACAUUCCAGAUUUACAAUAUUACAAACUUAAGGUAUUAAGACCUUUAUGACCAUUUUUUCAUUUUUUUAAACCUUUACUCUGCACAUUCAGUAUACUUCUGUUGAUAAUAAAUGUAGCCUGAAAUCUAGCAUCUUAAUUGUAUCUGAGAAGAGAAGAAAGUACAGUGAUAGUAGAAAUAUAUUACUUUGUAAAAUCAAGGUAUAUGAAUUAAAAAACUUAAAUUGGU